UCUGAACGCCGGACGCCGUCACCGUCAGUCCCAGUCGUAGCUCGUUGUAGCGUAUAAGUAUGUACUAAAUACUGACUGCAUAGUCGGGCAGUAGUAGCGCGUAGCAGCAGCGUCGGUGGAUGGAAAAUGGCGGACGGUGACAUUGAUCUGUACGCCGACGAUCUCGAACAGGAUUUUGCACAGGUCCAAAAUGAGUUUACUGGUGAUGGCGUGGAUCUGUAUGACGAUGUAAUUGCCACAGCCCCUGGCAAUAAUGAACGCGGUACAUCAGAAAGUAGCGAAAGGGAAAAGGAGCCAACAGGGAAUGAAGAAACCAAUGGUAGUGCACCAUAUCACCAAUUGGGAAAUAAUAUACAGCCAAAUCAAAUUGGUAGAAGACAUCAGUUAUAUGUUGGCAAUUUGACUUGGUGGACAAGUGACCAAGACAUCGCAGAUGCUGUGCAGAGUGUUGGAGUGCCAGAUUUCAUUGAAGUGAAAUACUUUGAAAAUCGUGCCAAUGGCAGAUCAAAAGGAUUUUGUGUUAUUACACUAGGUUCAGAGCAGAGUGUGAGAUUGUGUAUGGAAAGAUUACCCAAAAAGGAAUUGCAUGGUCAAAAUCCAGUUGUAACCUAUCCAAGUAAAAUAGCUCUGAAUCAGUUUGAAUCACAAUGCAAAUCGCGACCGACACCACCUACUCAGCAAGGUCAAGGACAACGACCACACAAUUCUCAUCAUCAGCAGUCAAUGCCACCCCAUCAGCAUCCUGCACAUUCACAGCACCCCCAACAUUCUCAGCAAAACCACGGUCCAAGGAUGAUGAUGGGACCACCUCAAGGUCAGAUGAGACCUGGACAGAGAAUGCCACCAGGUGGCGGUCCACCGGGUAUGGGACCAGGUCCAGGAGGUCCUCCUCAACAAGGACCUCCAAGGAUGCAUGGUUCACCUAUGGGUCCUGGUCCUGGCUCUCAUCAUCCCAUGCAGGGACAUCCGAACCAAGGUCCACCACCUCCUGGUUAUGGCCAACAGGGACCUUGGAAUGGACCUCGGCCGAAUGGACCACCAGGACCUCCACGAGGACCUGCAGGUCCUGGAGGACCACCUCCUCCACAGCAAGGUCCACCGCCUGGCCCUGGCCAAGGAAGACCUCCUGGCAUGUAUGGACCUCAUGGCGGACCCCCCGGACCACCUGGUCAAGGCAUACCCCGGGGACCACCUGGACAUCCAGGUGCACCUCCUGGUAUUGACCCGCGAGGAGCUCCGCCACGCCCUGAAUGGAAUCGUCCACCAGCAGGCCCGGGAGGACCGCCGCCGGGUCACGGAGGUCCUCCACAAGCACCACCGCAAGGACCUAUACCCGGCUCUGCGCCUCACGUGAAUCCUGCAUUCUUUCCACAAGGUCCCCCACAUCAGCAUCCUGGCCAGCAUCCUGGCGCUGUUAGAUUACCACCUCCUGGACCUCCUGGACCACCACACGCGCCUCCACAUGCACCUCCACAUGGUUAUGGACCGCCAGCUGCUCAGCCUCUGUCACAGCCACCAUAUGGAGCGCCCGGACCUGACCAUCGUUCUGACGGACCACCACCACUGUCGGACCAAGAAGUCGAAGAGAUUAUGGGACGUAACAGGACGGUGUCAUCUUCAGCGAUCGCUCGUGCAGUGUCAGAUGCAGCAGCUGGCGAGUAUGCGAGUGCCAUUGAGACAUUGGUGACAGCUAUCUCGCUGAUCAAACAGUCAAAGGUUGCUGCUGACGACCGAUGCAAAAUUCUCAUCAGUUCGCUACAGGAUACACUGCGUGGCGUGGAAACGAAGAGUUACGGUGGUGGACGUAGAGAGCGUUCGAGGUCGAGAGACAGAGAUCGCAGCCACAGAAGACGUCGUGAAAGAUCAAGAUCACGGGAGCGCGAGUACAGGGAAAGGAGUCGUGAGCGCGACAGGGAUCGUGACAGAGAGCGUGACCGCGAACGGGAUCGUGAUCGUGACCGUGAGCGUGAGCGCUACUACAGCGAGCCAUAUCCAAGAGAACGAUCACGCAGCCGGGAGCGUGACAGGGAACGGGACCGAGAAUACAGGGAGAGAAGUCGAGAAGAAAGUACAACACGUCAGUCCACCAGGCCAAGAGUAAAGGAAGAGCCGCCCGAGGCGGCACCUGUCUCAUCUUCCAAGACAUCUAGGUAUUAUGACGAGCGCUACAGAGAACGUGAACGCGAGAGAGAACGGGAUGGAUCGAGCAGAAGAGCUGGCGAGCGAGAACGUGAACCAGAGCGAGAGCGAGAGCGCGAGAGAGAUCGUGAAAGGGCUGAUUCGUCUCAUCGUUCUAGACACUGAGACUCCACAGUUGUCAACAGUCGGGCGCCAAAGCCAACACCGAAACCAACAGCGAACCAGCAACAUUAACGACAGCCACGACAACGGCGGCGGCUGCAGCAACAGCGACUUCCAGCGACGGCGCCUACAUACGCUUCCACGCUUCCCAUCUCUCAACACAACACAAUCCAGCUAAAAGCUGUUCUUCAUCAACUAUACCUACCCUUCUCAAAUCUUCUAUUAGCAACCAAAGGACACCGACCGCACUCGAGCAUCUCGCUGAUCUCUGAUUUUAUGCUAAUUCUUUUCGAUGAAAGACACAUCGAGUGGACGACCAAGAAUCCCAAGAAUCAAUGGACAGAUAAGCAAGUAAGAGAUACUUCUAUUACGUUUCCUCCGCGUGUUUGCACUUGUGCAUCCAGCAUAGAGUUUAGCGAUUCGUUUUAUUCAGCAAACGAACGAUUGAUCAUUACUAUGGAUUUGUCAAAUAAAACAUUCUAGAUGUAUGAUUUAUAAUCAAUAAUUUAAUGAUGCCCUUCGCCUAUUUCACUAUUAUACUUAAUCUUUGAUGUCUCUGCAACGGCACUCGGUGAGUAUGCGAGUGUUUAUCUCUCUUAACAUUGUCUCCUUUUUUUAUGUAUUACGAUUAUAUAGUAUAUAACUGAGUAUAUACAAUGCGAUUGCUUUGCCAUCGAAUUGGAAACUCGAUCGAAGAUACAAACAAAUUGUAAACUUGCUUUUUAUACCUAUUGAUUGAUUGUAGUAAUAAAUUGAAUUGUCAGCAUCAAUUAACAAAUUUCCUAUCCAAUGGCAUUACUUUUAUCACUGUAGUCAUUAGCUGAGAAUGUGACAACUGAUUGUGAUCGUUGCUCUUGCUGUGUCCGAAAUCGUCUCGAUCAAUUUUUUUUUUAUUUUUGGUACUGAUUUUUGUUUUACUAUUUCCAUCGACACUACUGACUUUAUUUCAAAAUAAUUAGAUCUUAAGAGAGAGAAUCUUCCAGUGAUCCAGAUUAUCAAACAAAUAUUCUAAGAAAAUUUAGAGUGCACUCGACAAUAUUGAUGCGCAUGAUUGUUAUGGAUCAACUAUAAUAUACCACAUGUCCAAAUAACCAAUAAAAACUUUACCGAAAAGCCCGACAAACACUCGUUAUGUCGAAUGUACCGAGCAUCUUGGAUUAUAUUCGGCCAUGUAAAUAUUUAUUUUGUUGCAUUGCAUCGUGCGCUUUUUCCUUUACUGCUAAAUAAUUUUCUUAUUUAUUUUAAUGAAAUUUAAUAUUGUAUAAACUUUCAUCUCCAAAUUUUUAAAUUUCCUUUGUAAAUACAAACGCGCUACUUGUUGAAAUUACAAGUUCGGUUACAAUGAACACUGUCAUUAUAUUCUAAA